CGUCGGGCGCCGCGCCGAGCCGGGCGCCUCGUGGCGGGGCGUGGUCUAGGCAGCCUCCCCGCCCUGCGUCUGCCGGCCUCCGGCCGCGGUCUUCUUGCCCCGGACUCUUCGAAGGUGAGGAGCAGCUGCAGAUCGUCAUGUCUGGAAUCAAACGAAUGCUCAAAGAAAAUGACCCUGACUAUGAGGACAUUUCUGUGGCGCCCCCAAACAAACGGCAUCGAGCCAUGGAGGAUUCAGCUCGAGAUGCUGCCGUGCAGAAGAUUGAAACGAUUAUUAAGGAGCAGUUUGCUGUUGAAAUGAAAAACAAGGAGCAUGAAAUUGAAGUCAUCGAUCAGCGACUGAUUGAGGCCCGAAGAAUGAUGGAUAAACUUCGUGCUUGCAUUGUGGCAAACUACUACGCUUCUGCUGGUCUUUUCAAAGCUUCGGAGGGAUCAAAGCCCUGUGACACCAUGGUUUUUAAUCAUCCCGCUAUCAAGAAAUUUUUGGAAUCUCCAUCAAGGUCAUCAUCUCCUGCUAAUCAGAGAUCAGAAACACCAUCUCUUAACUAUUCAGAAAGUGAUUCUUUAUCUCAACACAAUGACUUCCUCUCUGACAAAGACAACAGCAGCAAUCUGGACCUGGAGGAGAGAUUGUCCAACAGUGUGGAGUCUCAGAGGCCCUGCAGAAAGACUGGGCGGGACCCCAGUGGUGGAGCCAGCUCCCGAAAAACAAACCAACAGAAUUCUGAUCUCACUUUGGAAGAAGUUUCAAGACUUUUUGUGAAGAAAACCAUAGUAGUUGGCAAUGUGUCAAAAUACAUUCCUCCUGAUAAGAGAGAAGAAAAUGACCAGUCAACUCACAAGUGGAUGGUGUAUGUCCGAGGCUCCCGGAGAGAGCCCAGCAUCAAUCACUUUGUGAAGAAAGUUUGGUUCUUUCUCCAUCCCAGCUAUAAGCCAAACGACCUUGUGGAAGUUCGAGAGCCUCCUUUCCACCUGACCAGGAGAGGUUGGGGUGAGUUUCCCGUCAGAGUUCAAGUUCACUUUAAGGACAACCAGAACAAGCGGAUAGAUAUCAUCCAUAACCUGAAGCUGGACAGAACUUACACUGGCCUGCAGACCCUGGGUGCUGAGACGGUGGUGGAUGUUGAGCUCCAUCGGCAUUCCCUUGGAGAAGACCACCUUUAUCCUCAGUCCACAGAGUGCGAUGUCUCGGAUGCUCCUUCAUCUUUGCCUCUGCCCAUCCCAGCCCCAGUGAAAGCUGCUUCUCCCAGAAAGCCUUCACACGAGCCUGUGCCUGAUGCUGCUGUGGAGAAAGGUUUCCAAGCGAAAACUGAAGCUGACAGACCCACAGCAUUUUAUUCUUUGCCGUCUUCAGUGGAACGUACACCCACAAAAUUGGUGUCAUCUCAGAGGGUAACCUUUGGCUCUCAUGGGAAUUCAGCAUUCCAGCCAAUAGCAGCCAGUUGCAAAAUUGUGCCACAGGGUCAAAUUCCAAAUCCUGAGUCUCCUGGAAAGUCUUUUCAGCCGAUCACUAUGAGCUGCAAAAUUGUCUCAGGAAGCCCCACCAGCAAGUUGUCCACUGCUUCUCAGACUGCCCAAGGAACAGGGUCUCCCAUUCCUAAGAUUCAUGGAAGUAGCUUUGUCACCUCCACAGUCAAGCAGGAGGACUCCUUGUUUGCCUCUAUGCCACCUCUUUGCCCAAUUGGGAGUCACUCCAAGGUGCAGAGUCCGAAACCCGUCACCGGAGGCCUUGGAGCUUUCACCAAGGUGAUCAUCAAGCAGGAGCCUGGAGAAGCCCCCCACAUGCCCACCUCAGGAGCUACCACUCAGCCGCCUCUUCCCCAGUAUGUGACUGUGAAAGGGGGUCACAUGAUAGCCGUAUCCCCUCAGAAACAGGUCGUGGCUGCAGGAGACGGGACUGCUCAGUCACCAAAGGUGGUUGGCGUGCCAGUUGGGUCUGCUUUGCAGUCCACAGUGAAGCAGGCCAUGGCAAUCAGUGGUGGCCAGAUCCUGGUGGCCAAGGCCAGUUCCGCCGUUGCCAAGGCUGUUGGUCCAAAGCAAGUUGUGACCCAAGGAGUUGCCAAAGCGAUUGUGAGUGGAGGUGGUGGAACCAUUGUUGCUCAGCCUGUGCAGACCUUAACCAAGGCGCAGGUCACUUCCACUGGGGCCCCGAAAAGUGGAUCCCAGGGUUCAGUGAUGGCUACUUUGCAGCUGCCUGCCACCAAUCUGGCCAACUUGGCAAAUUUACCUCCCGGCACCAAAUUGUACCUUACAACUAACAGCAAGAACCCUUCCGGAAAAGGAAAACUUCUGCUGAUCCCUCAAGGGGCCAUCCUGCGAGCCACAAACAAUGCUAACCUCCAGGGAGGAGCUUCUGCAGCCGGAGGCAGCAGUGGUGGUGCAGGAGCACAGGGUGCGAGCCCCGCAGGGGUGUCCCCGCAUUUGACCUACACGUCCUAUAUCCUCAAGCAAACUCCACAGGGCACAUUUUUAGUUGGCCAGCCAUCCCCUCAGAGUUCUGGAAAGCAGUUGGCAACUGGGUCAGUGGUUCAGGGCAAUUUGGGAGUCAAUGCAUCGUCCACACAAGGACAACAAGCAUUAAAAGUCAUCUCUGGGCAAAAAACAGCUUUGUUCACCCAGGCAAGCCCUGGUGGGCAGGCAUCUCUGAUGAAAAUAUCUGAUGGCUCUUUGAAGUCUGUGCCAGCCACCACCCCACUGUCCAAGCCUGGGACCACCGUCCUGAGAGUCGCAGGGGGCGUCAUCACUACUGCUGCCUCCCCAGCUGUCUCUCUCUCUGCCAAUGGAGUUGUACAGCAGUCAGAAGGAGCAGCUUCCAGCUCUACAUCAGCGGUGGGACCUAGUGGGAAAGCUUGUGGGCAGCAGUCACUGUGUGUGACCCCAGCCCAGGCGGGGCCCGUGGGAGCCCACAGAGCUGGCGCCUCCACCGUCAUCAGUGCCACAUCUCUGAUGUCCGCAGCAACACCUGUCUCGGGCAAAGCUGCCGUCUCAGGCCUGUUAAAGAUCCAUUCGAACCAGUCCAGUCCUCAGCAGGCUGUCCUGACCAUACCCAGCCAGCUUAAACCACUCAGUGUCAAUGCUGCGUCUGGAGGCAUCCAGACCAUCCUGAUGCCCAUGAAUAAAGUAGUGCAGUCAUUGUCUGCCAGUAAGACACCAGCCAUGCCCUCCGUGGUGGCCCCCAGCUUGACCCCUGUCAGCUCCACUUCAGCCACUGUUACUAAAGUGAAGGUGGAGCCAGAAACACCAGGAUCAAAUGGCCUCACCUUGGUCUCCCAGGAGGUACAGACAGAAGUGAAGACAGAAGAAAAUACUGAACUGGGGAACUAUGCAAUCAACAUAGAACACUUAGAAAACACCCAACAGCUUCUAACAGCCAUAGUAAAGAAGAUCCCAUUAAUCACUAAAAAGGGUGAAGAUGCCAAUUGUUUCUGUGCCAGUUCUGUGGAGCAGUAUUAUAGUUGGAACAUUGGGAAACGGAGGGCAGCAGAGUGGCAACGAGCAAUGACAAUGAGAAAAGUCUUACAAGAAAUUCUGGAGAAGAAUCCCAGGUUUCACAAUGUGACGCCCCUCAAAACCAAGCACAUUGUCCAUUGGUGUCGUUGCCAUGGUUACACUCCACCAGACCCAGAGAGCUUGAGAAAUGAUGGUGAUUCCAUCGAGGACGUACUGACGCAGAUAGACAGUGAGCCAGAGUGUCCCUCAUCCUUCACCACUGCUGAAGAUCUCUGCCGAAAACUGGAGGACCUCCAGCAGUGUCAGAAAAGAGAGCCAGAGAACGAUGAGGAGGUGGACAUUCUCAGUGUCACCGAGCCCCUAAAGAUAAAUAUCAAGAGAGAAAGGGAGGAGAAGCAAGCAGGAGUGAAGUUCUAUGUGGAAACGACGCCUGCUUCUGAGUUUGUCAGCGACACGGCUCAAAAGAUUGGAAUCACCCUCCAGCCUGUAGAACUUCACAAGAACACAUAUGCAUCUGUUGUUGAAGAUAUGAUCCUAAAGGCGACGGAGCAGCUAGUGAGUGACAUCCUGAGACAGGCUCUGGCCAUUGGGUACCAGACAGCAUCUCACAGCAGGACUCCAAGAGAAAUCACAGUGAUGAAUAUUCACCAGGCCAUUUGCAAUAUUCCCUUUCUUGAUUUUCUCACUAACAAGCAUAUGGGAGUAUUAAGCAAGGAACAGUAAACUGAAGAUGCCCCCAGAGGAGUAGGAUGAGGUGAAGACUCAGCCAAAGCAUGUGAGCUGACCUCCACACGAGUCCGUGCUCUUCGCCAGGCAUUAGGUGAAACAGUGAGCGGGUCAGCGAACUCUUUACACUUGAAUUUAAUUGGUCGAUCUGAAGACUCCGGAGUAGGGCAGACCCGAGGCUGGGCUAGGUGGAAGUGGAUCUGGUUAUCUUAGGACAGCCUUGAUGUAUUUCCACCGCACCUCUGUGGGAGCCUCCCAGGUUUGUGCAGCAUUUCUGGGGAAGACCGUGCACCAGGUCUGGUUGCGCUCUUAGCACCACCAGUGGUCUCUGGGGUUACUGGCAGCUUCCCCCUCUUGUCUUGGAAGAAGUGACACAUGGGAAGCUGUGGUGGAGGGGACAGUGGCGGUGCUGACUUGCCUUGUAGAGAGACAGCUGCUCUGCCAGGACAUCCCCAAGUGGUUGGUUGGCCCCUGAGCUGAAUGUGACUGACUGCAGCAAUCAAAUCUGUGGGAAAGAACAGACCCCCGGGGAUGCAGCACAGCUGCAUGGUGUGCCCUGGCUGCUCAGAGUUCCUUUCUUAUGAGGUGGAAGAAUAUUACCCAAGCUACUCUCUCUAAGAAGACUCCAGGGCAUGUACUAAGCUUGAUACUGGGUGGCAAGAAAUGUGAACAUUCCAGUCAUGCACUUAAUUGGUUGGGAAUUAACAGCAGCCAAAAAUCUUGGGCCCAAGGGAAAGGCAGAAGCAACUUUGGAUCAUCAUGUGUAGGUUGAUCAGCUGGCUCUCUUGCAUGCAGCCGUGGGCUCUCUCCUUUGCUGUGUGCACCUUGUUUACAAGCAGCUGUCUGUACUGUGGUGCAUGCUCAUGGGCUUGCUUGAAAGUUGCUUAUUUUUAGGGAAAACUCCCAAAGAAGGCCAAAAAAAAGGAUUGCUGCAUGGAUGGGAGACUGAAGUAGACAUUACAGUCCCCCUCCAUCCCUGUUCAGACAGAUCUAUCGGGAAGCUCACUUCCCAGAAAAAAGAAGCAAGGCAAAGACAUACCUGCAUGUGUUUGUCUAGUGGAGGAGGACAAAGAACGUCCCUCAGCUGUUAGUAGAGGCAUCAAAACACACAGAUGAUGAAAAGAGCAAAGCCUAAGGAAGACAAGCUGACAAGGAAGAGCUUUUAUUUAGCAGCAGCCCUGGCCUGAUGCCCAGGGCACGUGGAAGACAUCAGAUUCAGUUGGUCUCAUCCCACAGCCCAUCUGUGAUGCAGAACUGAGAGGCAUCCAACAACCACCAAAAGGAACUGGUCAACAUAGACCCUGGGGGAAAACUCAGAGGCCUUGGCAUCUCUUGUAGUCAGAAGUGAGAGCUUAUCUAAACAACCCUGGGCUAAGUGUUCUGAGUCAGGGGAAGGUGAGGUAUGUCUCAGGUGGAAAAUUAAAUGAGGGGCCCAUUUGAUCAUAACAAUCUGGCUAGAACAUGUGAUCCGGGACUCUGGGAAAGAGAAGAAAGCUGUUUGGUACAGUGCAUGGCAUGCUCAGAACACAAUAUACCAAUCAUUUAACUUAGAAUAUUUUAACAAUUAAAUGAGCCCCCAAAGCAUUUGAGAAUAGCUGGCAUAUAUUUGGAUUCAAAAGGAAGUUUUCUCUAGAAUCUUUAAAAUCUAAGAUCUGGGGGGAAGAGAAUGUAGUUGGUCCAUGACUGACCCAGAGGAAAGAAAGUUCUUUCACUGUGAGUGGGAGGAUAUAAUAAAUAAGUUUUCAGCAAAGGAAAUACUAACUAUUAAAAGAUUUCCUUAUGUGUUAAGACUUUCCCAAUGUAUUUGUAUGAUAAUGUGUAACAUAACUAUGUAAUAUAUGUGGCUACAAUAAAUUUUCUUUUAGUAAUUG